AUGCUAGCAGCCUUGCAACAUCAGCUCAGUGGUGAUGGUGUAUGUGUAUCGUACCUAGCUGGAGCAAAGCAGGGCCAUUGGCCCGCAAUCCCAUGGCAGAAUGACAUUACAUGUAGUCCAAGGUUCCCCGGCACAACCAAUAAUCUUCUGGAGUCCCUCAAAUCUCCAGCGUCCAAGCAAAAGGCUGAGGCUAUGUUGCUUAAUGAGGUUAAGAUAUGCAGUGCUUGUGGCAAGGCAUGUGCACUUACUCUUGAAGUUUGUAACAGCUGCUCGGGUGAUAUCAAAACCACCGCCAAGUCCUACACGGACAACGUGAUGAUGUGUUUUAUGCUGGGCAUUGGGAAGACUUGUGAUUAUCCCCUCACAGUACCUAUAAGGGCUCAAGCCCUUUACCGAGUUGCCAAGGAUGUUGCUGUCUCACAAUUUAUAUCAAAUCCUGAAUUUGUCAAGAAGCUCUUCAGUCCUUCAGUGGUCAGCGAGAUCAUGCGUGAUCCGGGGAGCUUCAUCGAUACUUACGCUAUGGCAGGAUUCAACUAUCCUCCUUCACAGAUGCAAAUACAUCUUCAGUUCAUACUGCCCCCUCUCAUGCCCUUCCAUACUCGUUUGCUAAUGGAGGAUAAGCACUUCCACUUCUUACGUUUUUUUGAAUAUCGUUAUGUCAGAACGGUUCUGCAGUUCCUUGUAGAGUCUUCGGCCACGGUAGAUCUUGUCGGACAGUUUGACGCAGAAAGUGUCGUGGACUGCAUAAAAGACUGCACUGGAAUUGAUUAUUUCACUCAUCAUCGUGAAAUGAUGUGCAGAUUCAAACACAAUAACAAGACUGCAGCGAAUUGGGAAGCGGCUGAUUUCGAAUACGCUGUUUUAUCCUCCAGUGAUGGUAGCGCCAGCGAUUCCGUUAUAUUGCUGCGUUCUGGUGAAGAGGCUCCCAUGAAGAACGCUCUUGCAAUUCAAUCAAACGAUAAGUUGAUUCUGCAGAAUUAUGGCAGGCCUUAUUCCCUCAUGGGAGCACCGACAGGGACGUACUACAGGUAUGCAAAGCAUCCUGAUGAUAUUUGUGACUGGACAGAUCCGAUGGUGAACCAAUCUCCAAUAGUCGACAUCAACUCUCCUGGCGUUUCUUUCAUCACAGAGCGUACUGGACCUGAGGAACCAUGCUGGCAGCCGGAUGAGCAUGUCAUGCACAAGUUCACUCAAGUUCGCUGUUAUGUCGGUGAUGCGUGUCUGGGGACUGGGGUCAUUUUGAUGACGUCGACGAGAUUCGUCUGGCUUUCCAUUGAGAACGAGGCAGUUGGGCUCGGUAUCGAGUAUAAAAGCAUCCAGCUCCAUGCCACAGCUACUGAACUAUGUGACGAGAUCCCUGAGCCUUGUCUGUACCUGCAGUUGGAGCCAGAGGUGUCCGAAGAUGACGACGAGAUGGAGGACCCACCAGAGAUUCGUCUUGUACCGAGCAAUCCCGAGAGCACUCUGCAACCUAUGUUCGACGCAUUGAAUGAGAUGCAACUCGCACAUCCAGAUGAUGACGAAGGAUCGACGGAUGCCGAAGCUCCGAUGGAUAUGAGUGGAUUCACAUUCGCUCCUGGAUUCUCGCUCGAUACUGAUACCCCGAAUGGCCAUUAGAGAGGUAUCCAGAUGUCAUAUAACAGAGGAAGCGACUGCGAAAUCGAUGCCAGUGAUCUCGGGUCCGAUGUCACAUCGGGGAUGUGUGACGGGCUCUGGCUUUGGAGGAGCUGACAGAGCCUUAUGGAGGAGAUGAACACAACAGAACCAUACAUGGAUCAUGCUUCCGGAUGUUGUCGAGAUGCUUGACUGGUACCAAUCUUAGUCAGGAGUCAGCUGUAGUUAACGACGUUGAUCAUUUUAGGACCUACCGCCACCACACUCAGCGUCUCUUGACAACAGGUCCCCGAGAAAGAGAAAUUCAUGUGGAAGAGGACUCUGUUGGCCCUCACUGAAUCGACACAUUCGUGCUAGCUCGCAUCCCCCAAAAAUAUGUGGGUUAAUAACUCCGAGUCUCGACGCUCAUCGAUAACUGUAUACCGUCCAGUUGAGGAGUUUACUGCAGCUUAAUGAUCUCGUCGUGGUGGGGGGCUAUGUUUUCGUCGAUGCAAACUUCACAGCACCGUUCAAGUUGCGAGGUCGCUAUCAUGCGCGGUUUGUAUUCUCAUUGAUGGUACUCGCCUCGGAAGCACGCAGUGUGUCACUCGCGAUCUGCCAAGGUAUA